AUGUCUGUACUUCACGAGGAAGUACCGGAGGACCAAGCAGUCAGCCAACAAUCGGGAAAGCCGAGGGUCAGCGUCGCCUGUAUCCAAUGCAGAGGUCGUCAUGUUCGUUGCGACGCCGCCAUGCCCUUGUGCUCAAGAUGUCGGACCCUAGGCAUCGAAUGCACAUAUCUGAAGUCGCGGAGAGGUGGGAGACGGGAGAAAGGUCGCCCGAACACAUCCGCCGGCCUGGUUAGAGGAAGCACGUCUCCUUCAGCGCCUGCGCUGCCAUCAACAUUUUCUUCAACAUCCGGAAGCAAUUCUAGCAAUAUCUCAUCUCCUCACCAAAUACAACUUCUCGACUCCAAUCGACUCGACGAUGUAAUCAAUCGAGGCUGUUCAAGCACUGGCUCAAAUCAAGUGCCUGGGUUGAUCUCCAACAGGUCUGCCAGCUCGGGAUCGCCAAGCAGCGGAGAGUCACUGCUGAAUGACAGCUACUUGAGCGGAGGUGAGUCUGUGAGUAGCCGGGAGUCAUUACUAGAGUUGUAUUACGCCUACUUUCACAACGCCCACCCCUGUGUCCUUCCGGCAAGAUUCUUGACAGCAAUUCUGGACGACACAGUUCCUAGCAUGGCGCUGCUUGUCCAGGUGAUGAGAUUCAUUGGUUCGUUAUACUCGCCAAAGCAAGCCUCCGCACCAUUGGAAGCUAAACUGAAAUUAACCAUGAUUCAUUGCCAAGAGCAGGAAGAUGGUUUCGUUGUCCAAGCUCUGGUUCUGUAUUCUAUUGCAGUUUACUGGUGCGACGACAAACCAAGGUCGAGAGAGCUUCUGGACUUGGCAAUUGCAAAGGCUGUCAGACUUGGUAUGAACAAAAGGGAGUUUGCAAACGAUAACUGCAAGGGCCGUCCAGUCUUGGCUGAAUGCUGGAGGAGGACAUGGUGGCAGUUAUAUGUGACUGAUGCACACAUCGCUGCAAGCGAUCAUGCGGUCACAUUUGGUUCUAGUCAAAGAAAUGUACUCUGCACGGUGGAGCUGCCAUGCGAAGAUUCUGAUUACUAUUCAGGGUGUAUCCCUCGGCUAAGAACACUGGAAGAAUAUGAUAAUCGGGAGUUCUUUGACGAAGACAUAGAGUUCUCAUCGUUUGCUUACCAAAUUGGGCUGAUCCGAAGUUUGGACCACAUCAUCAUUGGUCUACCCAGGAACUCGGAACAAGAUGUCAAGGAUAUGUGCUCAAAAGGAGACGCGGCUGUAGCGGCAUGGGUGUCUCUGCUGAACAAGUCAAAGCGGAGGUUGUUCAAUGAGGAUCGUAUACUGGACGAGCACCUCUUCCAAACCAACCUAAUGGUUCAAGUCUAUCUUGUCGACAUGCAUCGUCGCCUGUCAACUUGUGCGUUCCACCCUAUUGAAGCCGUUUCGUCCUGUGCUCCCCCACCACCACCAGAGAGACUACCCCCUGUUUAUUAUCGCGAUGCACCCAUGCACACGGCCAAGAUUCUAGACGCUGUAGAGAGAUUGACAAACAUGCUCACUCUUCCCACCACAAUGGCGAAACACACGCCCUUUGCGAUCUGCAUGAUUGCUUCGACCACGAUCGGUCAUCUUUCUGCCUGCAAAUAUGUCCUCAGAGACAAGCAGAUGAAGGUCGCGAGGGAACGCAUUAGAGUCGCAAUGGGCGCCAUGGAAACCUUUGCAGAAGUAUGGCCAGGUGCGAAAAAAGUGGUUCGUGAAGUCAAAACAAUCGCGCGAGAACUAUUGGGACUGGGCCAACCGGCGCUUACCGAGCGGCCACCAAGCGUAGGAACAAAAGAAGCAGAUACCUUGUUACUAGGAACAAACAUCGAGUCUCCAGUCCCUGCCAUGCAGACGUUCCCGGGUGUGGAGGCUUACGGCUAUUUCGACUUCCCCAUUGCAAAUACCGCGUUUGAAACGGAUUUGACAGGGAUCGACCCGUACAUCAACCUUGGUCUCGGGUUUGAAGUCAACGGUCUGUCAUGAAGAACAUUUUUGAAUUUUGCAAUUCUUGAUACCCGCUCGGGCUUUGCUUUGCGGGUAUUGGGAUUUGCGGGCUUGGCGAGCAGCCCGAAAGGAAGUAAUGGCGCUUCGUUGCUACCAUCU